AAUGCGAUGGCUGGGGCGGGGUCGGGCGCUCUAUAAGUUGUCGAUAGGCGGGCACUCCGCCCUAGUUUCUAAGGAUCAUGUCUGCGAGUCAGGAUUCCCGAUCCAGAGACAAUGGCCCCGAUGGGAUGGAGCCCGAAGGCGUCAUCGAGAGUAACUGGAACGAGAUCGUUGACAGCUUUGACGACAUGAACCUCUCUGAGUCCCUUCUCCGGGGCAUCUAUGCCUAUGGUUUCGAGAAGCCUUCUGCCAUCCAGCAGCGAGCCAUUCUUCCUUGUAUCAAGGGUUAUGAUGUGAUCGCUCAAGCCCAGUCUGGGACUGGGAAAACAGCCACUUUUGCCAUAUCGAUUCUGCAACAGAUUGAAUUGGAUCUAAAGGCCACACAGGCCUUGGUCCUGGCGCCCACUAGAGAGCUGGCUCAGCAGAUACAGAAGGUGGUCAUGGCGUUGGGAGAUUACAUGGGUGCCUCCUGCCAUGCCUGCAUCGGAGGGACCAAUGUACGUGCCGAGGUGCAGAAGCUUCAGAUGGAAGCACCCCAUAUCAUUGUGGGGACCCCGGGACGUGUGUUCGACAUGCUUAACCGGAGAUACCUAUCUCCCAAAUACAUCAAGAUGUUUGUGCUGGAUGAAGCUGACGAAAUGUUAAGCCGCGGGUUCAAGGACCAGAUCUAUGACAUAUUCCAGAAGCUCAACAGUAACACCCAGGUGGUCUUGCUGUCUGCUACGAUGCCUUCCGAUGUGCUCGAGGUGACCAAGAAGUUCAUGAGGGACCCCAUUCGAAUUCUGGUCAAGAAGGAGGAGUUGACCCUGGAGGGUAUUCGCCAGUUCUACAUCAAUGUGGAACGAGAGGAGUGGAAGCUGGACACACUGUGCGACUUGUACGAGACCCUGACCAUCACGCAGGCAGUCAUCUUCAUCAACACCCGAAGGAAGGUCGACUGGCUCACCGAGAAGAUGCACGCCCGAGACUUCACCGUGUCCGCGAUGCACGGAGACAUGGACCAAAAGGAGCGAGACGUUAUCAUGAGGGAGUUCCGCUCUGGCUCUAGCAGAGUAUUGAUCACCACUGACCUGCUGGCCAGAGGCAUUGACGUCCAGCAGGUUUCCUUAGUCAUCAACUACGACCUUCCCACCAACAGGGAAAACUACAUCCACAGAAUCGGUCGCGGUGGACGAUUUGGCCGUAAGGGUGUGGCUAUCAACAUGGUGACAGAAGAAGACAAGAGGACGCUUCGAGACAUCGAGACCUUCUACAACACCUCCAUUGAGGAGAUGCCCCUCAAUGUUGCUGACCUCAUCUGAGGGGCUGUCCUGCGCCCUGGCCCUACCCAGGCUUCAGUCCUUGGGGGGCUGAAGAGGAGCAGGAGGGGGGAGGGAAGGGAGCCAAGGGAUGGACAUCUUGUCAUUUUUUUUCUUUUUUUUUUUUUCUUUGAAUAAAUGUCACUUUUUGAGGCAAAAGGAGGAACCGUGAA